AUGAGCUGCAUGAACUAUGCGCUGCGUUUGUCGAAAAACGAAAACAAAGGGCCACUAGGUGAAAAGGAAUAUUUUGAAGAUUCUGAGGAAGAAAAAAGGAAGAUAAAAGAACUAAUUCAAAAAAUAAGAACGAGUAAGCACAUCGUGGUUCAUGCUGGUGCCGGCAUAUCCACGAGCUCAGGGCUACAGGAUUUUAGAGGCCCAACUGGAAUUUGGACGAACGAAUUCCUGAACGAUGCGAGUCACAGAAGAAAGAAGCAACUGGGAAAGCGACGAAAAGGGGGGCACGAAUCAAGCAAGGUGAAGGAAACCCAGGAUGUAAAGAUGCCUCAUCCAAAUGAUAGCCAAAAUGCGAAGACAAAGAAGAUACGAAGAAGCUCACAAGGAAAAUGUGAACUCUCGGAUGACCCCUCCGAGCACAGCUCCGUUAGCAGAACGGAAAAGUCUCCAUUCGAUUUUGUCAAAAUAGAGAGGCCUGAGAGUUUGUACGAAGACGACACGGUCCAAUCACACUGGGAGGGAGAGGGUAAUUUCCCAGAGUACCGUUCCAAGCAUACAAGAGUAGCACAUGGACAACGUCAAGAUUAUGCAAAAUAUCAAGAAAAGGAAUAUUUAAAUGGUUACGAGGGAGAAGCACAUGCCGAGGAAGAGAGGGAGUCCAUUCGCACUGAGGGAGAUAAACAUUUUGUGAAGGAAAAAGAGAAAAGUGAAAAUUCCGACAUGACACUCGUGCGUAGCAAUGUGCAAGGAAGUGAGGAAGGAGAAGGGGGGGAAUUAAGCAGGCAUGUGUGUGUAAAAAAAGAAAAUGCAACUUCUACUUAUGAGGGGGAUACCACAAGCCUCGACCGAAACGGUAACAAUGAACAGGGAAAUUCCACAGGGGAAACAGAGAAUCCUCUUUCAAAUGAACACUAUGUCAUAUUUGGAAACAGAAAAAAAAAAGUCAUCGACCUUCAUCUAGCCCUGCCAACCAAAACGCACAUCAUGAUAAAGGAGCUAAUGAAAAGGAACGUUAUAAAAUUUUUAAUCACGCAAAAUAUAGAUUCACUGCACUAUAGAUGUGGCACUAAAUUUUCGAAAAUUUCAGAAAUACAUGGAAAUAUAUUCAUCGAAAGGUGUGAUUUCUGUGGUAGAAGAUAUUUGAGAGAUUUUGUUAUAUCAACAAUUAGUUUCCAACCCACGGGAGCGUUAUGCUUUUUAUGUUCCUUCCCUCCGAUAGGUGUAUGCACAGAUGUUUUAUUAGAUUGGAAUAAUGCAUACGAAGAUUUCUUCCAUUUAAAUUCUAUUAGACAUUCUCAGAUGGCUGAUUUCCACUUUUGUCUGGGCUCCAGCUUUUACAUUGUUCCAGCUAGCUAUUAUCCAUCCAAAAAAAAAUUUGCAAAUGAAAACUCGUACAGCUGUUUGAUUAAUUAUCAGAAGUCUUCCCUAUCAAAGGAAGUCGACUUAAGUUUGCAUUCUAAUGUGAACAACAUUUCCGAUGUAAUUAUUAAAGAAUUUUCUCUCGAACCUCUCUGCAUUAGAAGCGCAUUGAUUGUUGUGGUCAGGUGCCAAAUAAUCCACUUUGAUUUAAUUUUCGACGAAUUGAUAACGGUGAAAAAUGUCAUCCAGGAUGGCGACUAUGUAGACUUCCCGAAGGGGGAAAUAUCCAGCCAUUCGUCAUUCCCGAUUGUCAAAACGGAUGAGAAUUCUUCGUUGGAGGAAUAUCCCUGUAGUCAAACGAACCAAGGUAGGGGGAAAGAUAAUUCAACUUAUGAUGGGGUGAAGCAGUUAAAGGAGGAUAGAAAUUCGUCCACAUGUGUGUCUCCACAUUUUUCCACACAUCAGACUGAUUCUGACGGGUAUGCAGAAAAGCCACAUAGUGAAAAGAAUCCAUUGAAGGUACAGAUCUUCCUAAUCAAAUGCUCGAUGAUUAAGAACGUGAAUAUAAACGAACCAGUUGAUGAAGCACACAAAUUAGGAGUAACCUUGAUAGAUAAGACUAAAGGCAUUUGGCUAGUAAGGACAAAUUUUUGCUGUGUAUUAGAAAUCGAAUUAUGGUAUAAGUCCUUUGUUUUGCUAAAAUUAAAUUAUGAUGAAAACUGCCCCUUCGUGGAGCUAAAUGCUUGGAGUGUAGACGUAGCAUAUACAUAUGGUGAUGACAUUGAUGAUGUGGACUAUGUCAACAGCAGGGGUACUCCUAAAAGCAGAAAUUUCGAUUUGCACAAAAAUAAGUAUGUGGAUAGCACCACUCCUGACACGUGCAGUACCAAAAAGGGUGUAUACAUAAAGGAAAAUCUCCACAGUGAGCCUAACCACAUGGAUGGCAAUCUUUCAAACCACCAUAGAGACCGUAAUGAACGUCCUGACGCAGAACAGUCGUUGCCUAUUUCAGAAAUUUUGCCCGAACAUGUUUAUGUGGGUUAUAAUCCAAACAAUAUUCAUUCGCAGUCUGGGGUUGAGCAGCUAGCUAUUUUAACGAAUGCAAGCAAGCUAUCCAAACAUAGCAGCUACGAGCGCUUCGAACUUCCCAACGCUCUUAAAUUGCUCUACAAUUUGUUCUGCUUAGUAAACAAAACUGAAAGGGCAGACGAAACAGAAAAUGAAAGGAAAAACAAAUACUUCAAAAGGGAAAAAACACCCAAUGAAGACACACUAGAGACAUUUGUAAAAAACAUGCAUUCGCCAGAAAAUAUCAAUUUAUACACAACCGACUUUAUAAAGUCUUUUACACCGAAGGAGAGUAUUUCGUACCGGAGCCAUUACACCUUCAGGGAAAGGAAAAAAAGAAACCUAAGUGACUUCAAUUUGUGCUCCUCCUCUGAUGAAAACAAGGAAAAAAAAAUGUUUGUUUUUUAUAACUUAUACAUGAAGGAAAGCAGCCAUAUAUAUAAUAUCGUAAUUCAGAGAGAUAUAAUUCGAAAACGCGUUUGGGAUUUUUCGCUACAUAGUAGUUACUCUCCAAGAAUAAACUCAAAAGGGGACCUUGGCGAUUACUCAGCAAGAGAAGAAAUACAUGAAGCGAGCAAAAUUAAUGAUGACCAUUUUGUAAGAAGUACCAGAAAAAUUGAAAGUGAUCCUUUACACGAGAUGCACCACGUAGAAAUAGCAUCCUUAGAGAAUUGCAAAAAUUGUGAUGAACACGAAAACGUAGAUGAGGACAGCUAUCACAAAGACAAUGUCUCACUCAGUCAAGGGAGUGAACCCAUCAUAAGUAAUAAUCCAAAAGAAAAUUUGGAAGUGCCUCCGACGGAGGAGGUACCGAAGAAUUAUAACAUUGCCGCGAUGGAACAAUCAAGGGAUGAUUCGAAUACAAGUGGUUUUGAAGAGAAGGUUUCUAAACCAGAUAAAGCCAGAGAGAAUUACUUGCAGGAAGAGGAAAAUGACGCGUGCAGCACAAAAAAAAAGUCAGCUUAUUUUAACCACCGUUCUUCGGAACUAUUGUUCUAUCCAGUUAUGCUUAUAAAUAGCAAACACCAACUUGGUGAAUUGGUGUCGAAAGUACCCAAGUAUAUCAAACCCCAGAGGAGGUACACUCCUUACAGGAAGCUCAGCAGGGAUAGAGAAAACUCCAAUACACUUCAGAGAUGUAGAAGUGAAAUUUGGCAAGAGAAAUAUAACGAGAUGGUUUGCGAUAUGGAACAAGAGCACACUGUCGAUUUUGUUCUCCUUCGGGAGGUAUGCUACUUCCCUCUGUGGCUUCUGAAUUAUGUAAACGACUUGUUUGAGUGCCUAUGA